CUAGACGUGUUUGUACACAGAUGUACACAAUAGCGAAGGAGAUGCAGUUCUAUUUACGACUGACAAGACUGUCAAGUAUUUACUGAUCUUGCAGGAAAGAAACUGUUUGGUUUUGGGAAGACUUUCACCAGAUUCGAAACCAUAGAAAUGCGUCUUCUAUGUGUCGCAUUACCGAUUUCAAUAUUAAAGAUGAAGAAUAUCUCAACACAAAAACAUAAAGUAACUGCCAAACAAAUGCAAACACGCUGUCAGUGUCAGCAUAUUCUGACGGUACCUGGAUGAUGUGAGAAUUAUUCCCAAGUCUGUGGUUACCUCAUUAAAGGUUUCUAAAACAGCAGUCGCUUUCAACACUGGGUAAACUCAGCUUCCAGGAAAAUAACGGAAACCGUUCAAGAGAAACCAAUCGGCUGUAUUAUUUGGAGGAAGAGACACAGAAUGCUGGAGUGAACUCAGCGGGACAGGCAGCAUCUCUGGGAAGAAGAAAUGAGUGACGUUUCGGGUCGAGACCCUUCCUCGGGCUGUAUUAUUUGGACUUGUGUCUUAAAAAAAUCUUCUAAACUUCGCUGUUCGCCGUUUGUAGGAUUAAAUUCUUCGAAUGGAAAUUCACACACUUGAGACUACCGACCUGGACUGCCCACAACAGAAGCUGCGCCGUUCGCGAGAAGCAACGCGUUUGGAAUCAAAGAACGGUUCCAGUCAGCAGGAACAGUGCGGAGAGAGCGGGCAGCACCGCCGGUGUAAAUCAGAUGACUCGGGCUCCGAAGACAACUCGGCCAAAAAGAAGCAGCGGAGGCAGCGAACGCACUUCACCAGCCAACAGCUGCAAGAACUGGAGGCGACUUUCCAGAGGAACCGCUAUCCAGACAUGUCCACCCGAGAGGAAAUAGCGGCGUGGACAAACCUUACCGAGGCCAGGAUCAGGGUGUGGUUUAAAAAUCGCAGAGCGAAGUGGAGGAAGCGGGAGCGCCACCAACAAACUGAACUGUGUAAGACUGGGUUUGGAGCUCCGUUCAACGGGCUGGUUCAACCCUACGAGGACAUGUACUCCGGGUAUUCAUACAAUAAUUGGGCCACCAAAGGACUCGGCACCAAUCCCAUCUCCGCCAAAGGUUUUUCCUUCUUCAAUUCCAUGAAUGUGAACUCGUUGUCAUCGCAAGCCAUGUUUUCCGCCCCCAACUCCAUCCCUUCCAUGACUAUGGUUCCUUCCGCUUUACCUGGCACAAGCUUGAAUAACUUGAACAGCCUUGGCAGCCCUUCGUUGAACACAGCGGUCGCUGCCUCUCCUUGCCCCUACGGAUCUAGCUCGAGUCCAUACGUGUACCGGGACAACUGCAACACCAGCCUGGCCAGCCUGAGACUGCGAGCCAAGCAUCACUCCUCGACCUUCAGCUACGGGCCGGUGCAAAACCCAGCUCCCAACCUCAGCCCCUGUCAGUAUGCAGUGGAUCGACCAGUAUAAAACGGACUUCGUGUUUUACACGCCUCGUUUGUGGGUGUUCCGGGGUUGGGGAAAUGGGGGUGGGGGAAGUAAUGAUCAGUGCUGAUUUCCCGAGCGACACUAUAAUUAGAUAAUACCAAAAUCCUCGGUUAGAGACUGCAGAAUGACCCUCCAGAGUGUCCAGCGCGUUUACGAUAUGGUCAGUCAUUGUCCUCGUCGUAUACAAACGCUGGAUAACCUGAUCUCCAAUCUUUGUGUGUUUGGCCAAUGCAGAAAAACACGUUAUUUUAACUGCUUAGAAAUUGCAAGGGAAUGCAUAACCACCCCCCUCCACUAAAUUCCACAACUUUGAAGAACAUUAACAAUUGCGGGUUGCUCAAAAGAGUACUCUCCAAAUGUCCUGGAAGUUGGAAACAAGUUGCCCAUUGGCCUUUCCUACCCAGUUUCCUCUUAUCCAUACCUCAUCGCAUGGAGGCGACCACUACCUCUCCCCCUCUAAUCCCCCCCAAACCUCCACUCCACCCGUUGGGGUUCUCUGUGCUGGAAGGCAAGGCAAAUGUCUAAAUUGCCCAGUUAUUGAUUACCCGAUAAAUCGCUGAUAGACAACAAUCAAUGAACGAAACCCCUAGCAUCUCCAACAGACCCAGGUAUGUCGCACUGAAGUGGUUGGUGGUUUGGAUACAAAAUCUAGUCAUAGGCUGAAAGGUUUCCUCAAGAUCCCGUAUUACUGGAAAAGUGGAAAUAAAAAAAUUAGGAGGAAUCUCUUGAUAAUCCGGGGUAUAUUUUGAAAUAUUAAUAAUCUCCUUGUAGCGUUUGAUUGUUUUCCUAUCAAUAGGGCAGUCCGAAAAUGAAAUGGAUCUUUUUUUUUUAGUUUGUUUAUACAUUAUUAUUUUAUGGGAAUUCCUUUUUUUUUUGUCGACUUGCUUUUGAAGAGUUUCAUCGCAGUUGUGCUGUCUAAUUCGAGUUAUUUAAGCAUUGUAGCACGCAUUCGCCUGUUGCUUGGAGAAUUCCUGGUUUAAUAAAUUGAUAAGACACGGACACGAAUAGGAAAUGCCAACCUCUGGUCCCUGUGCGCUCAAGACUAGGCCGUACCAUUGACCUGAAACCUUUGCUCCUGGGUCAAUUUAAACUGAUUAGGUUAAAUUUCCUGCUUUAGCAAAACGCCGGGGCGUCAGGGCUUGCUUUCGAAUCCCCAAAUGUAUUAAACACCGUCGCGUAGGAAGGAACUGCAGAUGCUGGUUUAAAUCGAAGGUAGACACAAAAUGCUGGAGUAACUCAGCUGGACAGGCAGCAUCUCUGGAGAAAAGGAAUGGCUGACGUUUCGGGUCGAGAUGCUUCUUCAGUCUGCCGUCUGUAAUUAAACAUUUGCUAUUAAACACCGCCGUUUGUUGACUACUAGAGGCAGAACUAAAUGCAGAAUCUCUUUAUUUGCUGUUAUCUAAUGGGAUACUGAAUAGUGGGUGAUUAGUAACAUUAAAAUAUUACUUGGAAGUUUUAGACGGUGUUGCAAUUUUAAGUUUCGGGGACCUUUGCGUAGGAUCUACCCAUUAAGGAGUAGAAGGACUCAUUUUUGCCUUAUUUGACCCGUUGAGUUACUCCUGCUUUUUGCCUUAUUUGAAAAUGGGUUUACAAGCCCGAGUUCUACUCUUAUUUUCACCAUUUGGCUCUGAGCUCCGCAUUUACAGGUUCCCAGAGUGAAGCAGGGGGAUUCAGAGCAACACGGGGGGGCAAAUCUAAAACGGAAGAGGGGCUCGGUCGGAUUCAUGCGCGAACAGGGAAAUGGCAAAUCUACUCUUUCUAUGUGUGUUUUUUUUAACCAUCAAAUGCAAACGCUUCCGUCGUGAUAGAACGAGCCCAACCUGUGCGAUUGUGGAGCUUUCUCCGGGUAGGAAAUGUUUGAGGCCGGGGAACCGCCAUGAAUUGGUUUGCAGGUUGGAAUAAACCGAAGCUUUGA